AUGCUUUCCCGACUACGAGUAGCUACCACUCCCUGUGCGAUGGCAUGUCGCAGUGCACAUACAAAAGAAAAAGGCAAGCCACUGAUGUUAAACCCACGAACAAACAAGGGUAUGGCCUUUACAUUACAUGAACGACAGAUGCUUGGAUUGCAAGGACUUCUACCUCCUAAAAUAGAGACACAAGACAUUCAAGCCUUACGCUUCCAUAAGAAUUUGGCAAAAAUGACUGACCCCUUGGAAAAGUAUAUCUACAUAAUGGGCAUCCAAGAGAGAAAUGAAAAACUAUUCUAUCGGGUAUUACAAGAUGAUAUUGAGCGGUUAAUGCCAAUUGUAUACACACCAACAGUAGGCCUUGCCUGCUCCCAGUAUGGACACAUCUUCAGGAGACCAAAAGGAUUAUUUAUUUCUAUCUCAGACAGAGGCCAUAUAAGGUCAAUUGUGAACAACUGGCCAGAGAAUGAUGUUAAGGCUGUUGUCGUCACUGAUGGAGAAAGAAUAUUGGGUCUUGGAGACCUAGGUGUGUACGGGAUGGGAAUUCCAGUAGGAAAACUGUGUCUCUAUACAGCCUGUGCAGGAAUACAUCCAGAUAAAUGCUUGCCUGUGUGCAUCGAUGUUGGAACUGAUAAUACAACACUCUUAAAAGAUCCAUUUUAUAUGGGCCUAUACCAAAAAAGGGAUCGCUCACAGGUCUAUGAUGACCUAAUUGAUGAAUUUAUGGAAGCCAUUACAGACAGGUAUGGCCAGAACACACUUAUACAAUUUGAAGACUUUGGAAACCACAAUGCUUUUCGGUUUUUAAGAAAAUACAGAGAGAAAUACUGUACCUUCAAUGAUGAUAUUCAAGGGACAGCUUCAGUGGCCUUGGCAGGACUGCUGGCAGCACAGAAAGCCACUGGUAAACCACUUGCAGAGCAGAAAGUGCUGUUCCUUGGAGCAGGAGAGGCUGCCCUGGGAAUUGCAAACCUCAUUGUUAUGGCUAUGAUGGAAAGCGGUGUUUCUGCUGAGGAAGCCUAUAGGAGGAUAUGGAUGUUUGACAAAUACGGGUUACUGGUUCAG